AUGAGAGGGCCCACUCUCGCUGUCAACGUACUGUUGACAGUCUUCCUGUCAGGAUUUCUCUCCAUCAUUUGGGCGUGGCCAAAUGUACGCAACUUGGUCGAGCGACGUGGUGUCGCUGAGCAUGCUGCUGAUGACGGCCUACACUAUGACCUCUACGGCGGACCCCCUUCGGAUCGUAAGGGCUAUCAGUUUGCUGAUGCCAACUAUCCCCCGCCCUAUGGUCAUAUUUCUCCUCCACCGGUUUCAUCCCAGUCGCCUGUUUCUUCCUCAAGUGGCUCGCCUCUAACCGUAACCGCGCCUGGCUCUACUACCUCCGUGUCUUCCCUGGCUGGUUCUGGUACCGCUGCUGGUUCAAUGAGUGUUUCGAUUUCAGUUUCUGGAUCCAUCUCGACAGACUCGACUGGUCAGACUUCGAUAGGCGGCUCCAUUUCUGCGUCAUACCAGGGCACGACAUCAUCGAAUACUGCCUCUGCCUCUGGAUCGUCACUCUCAGAUACUAGCAUAGCCUACAACACUGAGUCUGAGAACAAUGCACCCUCAAGUUCACAGUCAUCGACAUUUGGACAGUCAGUCAUCACCGGUUCAAGCGGCCUCACUACUAGUACAUCUAGUGAGGGUGAAUCGAGCUCGUCUACCUUGACCGAGGCGCUGGGCAGUGCCUCAACGUCGUUGAUGAUAACCUCUUCUGUAAGUGAUGUCGCAUUCCUCGAAUGUUUCAGGGAGUUGUCCGUUACCGCUGGUACUAAGUUGCAUAAGUUUUCUGGAUAUCUCUCGAGCACGACUGGGACUGCCUCUGGUUCUGUUGCAACCUCCGUCCCUGCUGGCUCUGGGGCCACGGUAGCCCCUGGAGCACAAACACUGCCUCCACAGACAUUGACAAUCAUCACUGUCUUGUCAGGUGUGCCAAUCACAACCGUCACCACGCGCCCAGGAACCACCAUUUUCGCGUCCAGCGUUGGCGCGAUCACUGCCAGUACUUCAGGUUCUCCGGGCAGUAUUUCUUCAUUGACGACGAGAAGCGAGACCUCUGAAUCUAUUACGGUCUCAAGUUUCUCCACCAGUUCUCUGAGCACGUCACCCACUACCUACGCUGGCUACAGUACCACUCCAAUAUCUACUGAUAGUAUUACUGGGUCCGCUCAGACUAGAAGCACCAGCACCACAGGGGUGGUAGGAGGCUCAACUUCUUCGAUCGGAGCCUCUGGGCAGUCCCAGUCCACGGCCAAUGCUACCAGUACUAUCAACAAGUCUUCGAACGUUUCCAGCCCUUCCCUUGCAGUUACUACGUCUGUUAGUAGUUCUGGUUUGCCAGCAUCGACUACCUUCACGUUAGCGAGCAGCAUUUCAGUUUCCCGUUCCACAGAAACUCAGUCAAUUCGCCUUAAUAGCACCACCGUUGGAGCAUCUUCAUACACUGUUCUCAACUCCUCUUCAUCUGGUAACGGUGGGCCAUUAUCUUCUCUCCAACCAAUUACUUCGGAAACCACGGCACCGUAUGCAGCAGAGAACUCUACCUCCGUCAUUGAAUCCACUGGCUUCAGUAGUCAAACCAGCCCCUCAGUCACCUCACGUGAGACGAACUCUGCGAUGCCCACCUCUGAGUCCAGGUCUGGCUCAGCACUGAGUUCAUCCAGGCUUCCACCGUUCCCUACGUUUAAUUCGACCUCCAUAUCAGGCCCUAGCGGAUCCUCAUAUGGACUCUCGCGAAGCUCUGUGAGCCUGACGGUUACUCCUUUCUUGUCGACAUCUACGCGUACAUCUUCGUCAGGGCUUAUUGGAAACGGCACCUCCUUAACCAGUAUUCCUGCAUCUGGCAGCCUCACUUCAACAACGACAGCUCGGAGUGAUACAGCUUCACUAAAAAGCGCAAGUACAUCUUCUCUCAACACAACUUUGUCUUUAGAGAUCCCCGGUGUGACAACUUUGCCCGUAACCGCAACGGCAGGGACAUUCACAUUCACACUUCCCUCAGGUUCGGGAUCAGCUACACCCCUCUUUACAUACUCGAAUGUAACAACACUUUCUGGAUCUACUGGGUCUUUUGGCUCGCUCACAUCUUCCGCAAGCCAGUUCACCUUGACCUCGGCUAGUUCAGUCUCUUCUAGUCAGAUCAGUCUCCCUUCGAGUUCGCCUCCAUUUCCACUGUCAAAUUAUACGUCUUGGAGCGGCCCAAGCGGCUCGGCACCUCUCACAGGAAGCCAAGGCGUAACAAGUAUUUCGACUGGUCCUUCAGGAAUCCUAGGUAGCUCGGAGUCAACUUCUUCCCCCACCUAUGCACCAUUUAAUACAAUUUACACGACGUCGAGUACAUCUCAAGGCUCUUUCAUCACCUCACCGACUGGCACCGGCCCAAGCUUCUCCGGGCAGAGUAUCAGCAACAGUGAAUAUAGUGGUACGACUGGUAACACAGUCCUGAUAACUAGCCCAACUGCGCCAUACCCAAUGGCAAACUCCUCAACUCCUGAUGCUGGUACAGGAACCGGGCCAGCCACCCAAAGCACUAGCGGCUCAACCACAACAGUCUUCGUACCACCAACUCAAUCCUCACUGACUAUUCCACCAAGCAUCUUCACUGGCCCCACUGAUGGUUCACCUACUGGCCCAAGUCCUGGACAAACCUCUGGGUCGUUCAAUCCUUCUUCCCCCGUAACUACGGCUAGUAGAGGGACCGCAUCUUUCCUUCCUGGAUCAUCCGCCUUGCAGACAGUCUCAUCUGUGAACAAUGGUACUUCAGUGCCCCCAUAUUCUUCUACCGGACCUCUGCCUACCACGGCUUCUACGCGGACUUCAUAUACGACAUCACCAACCGGCGCCUCGUCAGAGUCGGUGGUAUUUGGCUCAUCGUCACUUAUAACAGUCCUUUCCACGGUGUUCCCCGACCCUUCGCUUACUAUUUCAAGAACUUCCCAGCCGCCAUUCCCGGUCACUAACACCUCUAGCGGAUACUAUAAUCCCACGGGGUCGUUGAGCGGCGGAGCUAUUUCUCUCAGUUCAGUGGCGACUCCGUCGGCACAAACUGUCUUCACUAGCCUAUUUCCGUCCGGAUCGCUGACGGAGACUAGCACAAGUGUUUCUAACCCUGUGUUAUCUACAUAUUCCAGCAAUGGUUUAGGCAAUAUCACGGGUAUCACUACUGGUUCACAGCCACCUUUCCCGGUCACGAAUUCCACCGUGUCGUUCUCGGAGCCUACUAAUGCUCCACCCGUUGAAACAGAGAGUUCCACGACACCUCAAGUGACUACACCCUCUGGUGUUACAUCAUCGAGCCUGCUUAACAAUGGUUCCACGGCUUCUAUAUUUACUACAUUUGGCUCAGAGACAAUCACUAUAUCCGAAUCUCCAGUUCCCGCUUCGGUCCCUGGCACCUAUACGCUAACCAGUGGUACUGGGUCUACUGUUGGUCCAGCCAUCACUGCGUCGGGCAGCAUUCCUACAGCACCAGGCCCAGCCAACACGACACUAUCCCUAUCAGAACCAUUCACCUGGACUAACUCAAGUGGAGCUGUGGUUCCCUCGCCAAUAUCUGAAACGAUAACCCCUACAGGUCCAAUCAAUACGUCUCUUUUGUCCACCGUUAGCCAGACGGAAGCUUUCACCGGUUCGGCUACGCAGCUAUCAACUAAUCCAUCUGGUAAAGGGACCAACGCACCAGGAGCCGGGUCAUUCUCAGUUGCGAGUUCGACAUUCCUAUCAAGUCUUUCCUUAUCAGCCUCGAGCUCAGUUGGGAGCACAGUAAUCACGAAGAGUCUUUCGGGAUCUAUCACUAUUCCAAUACCGACUGAAAUAAGCACCAGUUCCGUUGCCUCCAGUGAAAUACCAUCAGAUACGAUGCCGCCAUACCCAAUGUCGAAUUCGUCCAUCAUCGCGAAUCCUACAGGAACAACUGGUGCAUCUUCAUACCAGCCUAUUCCGAUUAGUGAAACUGGGUCUUCCCCUACGACAAACUCUACUGUCACUGCAGGAAUUUCAAUCCCACUCUCCAUUGGUACCUCGCAAACAGCAGCUCCUCCCUUUACUGGAACCAUCACCUCUUCAGGCAGCACAUCAGAAAUUUCCGGGGCAUUGAGUUUUCAGUCUACGCCUCUGGAAAGUGGGACGAUAGCGAGUCAGAGCACCAACCUCUCCGGUACGAAGCCGACCACGGUAUUCAGUACGGACUCUAGUUCGUCAUCGGAAAACGGUUAUAGUGGUAAUCCAAGUUCCAGCGGCAGCCAGACAACUACCCCAAACACCAAGCCCAGUCCAUCAAUCACAUCAAGAGCGACGUCGGUCUUUUCGUUUGGGACCCCUAGUUCCACUUCAGCACAGCCGACUGGCUCCCUAUCACCAUCGUCUGAGGGGAGUGAGCCCAUCAAACCAUCAAACACCAAUGUAGAUAGCUCAGUAACGAGCAGAUCGUCGCGAUCUAUCUCGACAGAAAUUCCCGCCGGUUCAUCAUUGUUGGGGAGCGAGACACUCAUUUCAUUAUCCUCUACGAGGAUGAGUGCUUCCGGAUCGGCGCCAUAUCCGGUGACUAAUUCCAGCACUGGUUCCCAGCCAACAGUAUCAAGCAACAGUCUUGUUGUAACGCUUUCUCCUACGUCGACAAGUGUCUCAACUUCAGGUUCCAGCACCUCGGGCUCCAGUAUCCAGGCUGCAACGCUGUCAUCAACUUUGUUGAUUUCAGCAACAAGCUCUGGGCCGAAUUCCAGCGGUGAUGGACAAGCCAGCUCGUCCGGGGGGACAAGUUUGCCCAUCCCAGUGUCAUCAAUUUCUUGCAGUGACCCAGCGUGUGUAUCACAAAGCCUAGCGCCUGAUUCUGACACGACAUUUAUUACGCUGACACUCACGUUCACUUCUGGCAUUGCUUCAGGUUCGUCCAUCACUUCCACCGAAAUUCUGCCAACCAACGGUCCAGUGCCUACCACUGGGUUGCCUGGCGUAACAUCAAGUAGCUCUAGACCAUAUGGCGUCUCGAACAGCAUAGCAUCACCUGAGUCAUCUACUAUCGCUGGAUCGAACCUCCAAUCGGAGACUAUUCUGUUGCCCCCUACUACUUCCUCAUCCACGGCAACACUGAGCACUUCCGUGACGUCGAAUCUCCCGGCUGCUCCUGUAACUUCGGAGGCUUCUAGUACUGCUGCAAUCGGAAGUAGCUCAUCCGUAGUCGUUACGAGCAGCUUGGCCGCCUCUAUACCAGCACUCUCUUCAGCGCCUUUCCCUGUUAUCAAUUCCACAAGCCUAGCAACAAGCGGAACGGUGGCCUCCGGCGCGCUCACAACCAGUACUUUGACGCCUAAUGUUCAGUCAAGUGGUCAGACACUGACAACACAGGCUGGACAGACCCCAGGUUCUACAGUCUUGCCGGCUUCGACAGAGUCUAGUCAAAGCGGCACUUCCACUUGCACUGAAGAAACAGUAUCGUCAUUCCCUUCUAUCACUACUUCGUCCAGCAGCUGUUCCGAGAGCGAAACGUCAUUCACCAUGGCAACCUCAGCUUCGACAUCGUUUCCACAGUCCAGUCUCUCAUCGUCGAUAUCUAUCGACACAACAUGUAGUGAAACUACGACAGAUAGCCUGAUUUCAAUAACCGGUUCGGCGACGUCAAGUGCAACUACAAUUUCGACCGCUGAAGCACAGUCCCAAGCCUCAAUCAGCAGAUCAAGCGGCACACUUUCGUCGAGUCGAUUUGGUUGGACCAGUACAUGCACUGACAGCUCAGCAUGGUUGUCAUCCGUACCAAGCGCUGUCCCCUCUAGCCUUGCAUCGUUCGGCGGUCUUCGGACGACCUUGAUCACUUCUACCACAACCCCCUUGUCCCCAAUUGGGUUCAGUAACAGCAACACGGGUGCGCUUGAUGCAUCCUCAACUUUGACCGUCCUUCCCAGCACGGCCAGCUCGCUCCCUCUUGCCUUAUCCAUCCCAGACCGCCGCCAUGCCGCUCUGCCCGCUGCUCCUCACGGCGGCUCUAAGGCUUGA